CUGGUUCCGGAAGGCCCCCUACAGGUACCUUGGGCCUAGCUCUCACCCAGGCCCAGGGCAACACUGAAGACAUGGGCAAGAGCAUCCCCCAAUACCUGGGACAGCUGGACAUCUAUAAGAGUGUAGUAAGCCUGGCCACAGGUGCUGGGGCGAUCUACCUGCUCUACAAGGCCAUCAAGGCUGGCAUAAAAUGCAAGCCACCCCUCUGUAGCAACUCGCCCAUCUGCAUCGCCCGCCUGGCAGUCGAGCGAGAGCGGCACGGGCGGGACUCAGGUGAGCUCCGGAGGCUCCUCAACUCUUUGGAGUGCAAACAGGAUGAGUACGCCAAGAGCAUGAUCCUGCACAGUAUCACUCGCUGUGUGUACUUGUUGGAGGCUGAGGCCUCUGCUUGUACGACGGAUGACAUCGUGUUGGUGGGUUACAUGCUGGAUGACAGGGACAACAGUGUCAAAACCCAAGCUCUGAAUACACUUAAAGCUUUCUCUGGCAUCAGAAAAUUCAGGCUCAAAAUCCAGGAACAUGCCAUCAAGGUGCUCGAACUGAUCUCCACCAUCUGGGACACGGAACUGCACGUUGCGGGCCUCAGACUCCUCAACAACCUUCCGCUGCCCGACUAUGUGCAUCCGCAGUUGCGACGGGUGAUGCCUGCCUUGAUGGAGAUCCUGCAGUCAGACUACAUCCUGGCACAGGUGCAAGCCGUACGUCUCCUGAGCUACCUGGCACAGAAGAAUGACCUUCUCUAUGACAUUCUCAACUGCCAGGUUCACUCCAACUUCCUAAGCCUGUUCCAGCCCACACAGCCAGGGAGUAUCCUGUAUGAGGUACUGGUGUUUGCUGAGCGGCUGAGUGAGGGCCGGAAUGCACCCCACUACCGUGCUGUGAAAUGGCAUUACAACGAACAGUCCCUGCAUGAAUCCCUCUUUGGGGAAGAGUCGCGGCUGGCAGACCGACUGCUUGCCCUGGUCAUCCACCCUGAGGAGGAUGUUCAGAUCCAGGCCUGCAAGGUCAUCGUCAGCCUGCAGUAUCCCCAGGACUUGAGAGCCCGGUCCUCCACCUGCCAGUCCAGUCGUUCCUACUUUAAAAACACGGAAUAAAAUUAAGGAGAGCCAAUAAAUGACUAUGAGAGAGAAACUUGAAGUUUCUUGAAGCUUGGAUGUUUGUCAGUGGCCUUCCAGGGCUGGGUAGAGAUUUCAUUCAGCAUAAUCUCUGCUCUAGCAUUUGGCACAGCACAGGCUUAUCUCUCAGAACACAUCCCCACUUCCAUGUCUGGGGGACUGGCUCUCCUCUUCUCUUGCUGCUUUUC